AUGGGAUGGAGCAAAGCAUAUGUUGGAGACGGAGAUCAUUCCUUGUUGUCUUUUCUCCCCAUGGCCAUAUUUGGUCCUUUGAGUUUGGCUUGCUGGAUUUAUGCCAUGCUCUAUGACGCCAUGUUCGACGUUGUCUUGGCUGUUUGUGAGCAUGGACCCGGGACUAUACCAUCUGCAAGAGUACUCUGGGUGGAAGGUAAACUGGUGUUGCUCACAACUGCUUCAAAAAAUAGAUGAUAAGGACCUUUUAUGUAGUCUCUGAAAACAAACGCAAUGCUGAC